CCGCGCAUCUCUGAAAGCGCCGGUGACCCGACGGAAGCAAUUCCUCCGACUUGUUCCGGAACGCACAGAGGCCAGCAGCUGGGGGUGGGGGGGUGGCCCUGGAGAAGGGGCUGUGGCGGUACGCCGGGGAAGACUGCUGCGGCGGCUGCAUUAGCGGCGGGAUUCGCAAGAAGCUACUAAAGUUCCUGUGGAACCAAAGUAAAAUUGUAUAAGAACAUAAUGGAUGGAGAGGAGAAAACCUAUGGUGGCUGUGAAGGCCCUGAUGCCAUGUAUGUCAAGUUAAUAUCUUCUGAUGGUCACGAAUUUAUUGUAAAAAGAGAGCAUGCACUAACAUCAGGAACAAUAAAAGCCAUGUUGAGUGGCCCGGGUCAGUUUGCUGAGAAUGAAACCAAUGAGGUCAAUUUUAGAGAGAUCCCUUCACAUGUGCUAUCAAAAGUAUGCAUGUAUUUUACCUACAAGGUUCGCUACACUAACAGCUCCACCGAGAUUCCUGAAUUCCCAAUUGCACCUGAAAUUGCACUGGAACUGCUGAUGGCUGCGAACUUCCUAGAUUGUUAAAUAAAAUAAAUUAUAAUAAACUGUUAAUUUUUUCAGUAUUUAAUACCUGUAGUUCAGUUAGUAAUUUUUUCACUUAGCAUGUUGCCUGUAUGCAAUUGAACUAUAAAGUUAAUUGCAAAGCAAAUUAUCUUCUGUUCUUUUGCAUAGCAAUCAGAGCUGAAAUUUGUUUGCUAUAUUGACAAGUUAAGGACGUUUUCACAAACUAAGAAAUAAACAAAUAAUGACAAUUCAUAGGUCGUUUUGUUUAUCCUUUGGAUGUGACUUUUAAAAUAGAACAAUCAUAUAAAUACUGAAAUGUAGGCAUAAAUGAACAUGUCCUACAGAUAAAUAAUGGGGCUAAGUAUUUUUAUGUUUUUAGUGUUUUUUAAAAUAUUUUGAUCUUAUAGCUGCUUCUUCUAGCAUUACUAGAGUUAUGCAAAUAAUUACAUGAAAAAUUUGUUUAUAAGUUAGCCAAAUCAUUGAUUUUUAUAACUCAAAGGAUUAAGAGUUGAAAUUUCUUAUGUGUUUUUUUGAUAAACUGCAGUAUUGUUUUAAUUGUAUCUUGUGUUUUGUUUAUUGCUACAACUUAAGGUCUUUAUUUAAAAGCAAUUUUGGAAGUUAUUAGGUACAAGUUUUACAUUAGUAACUGAACCUGUAGCCAGAUAAUCAACAAGUGAACUACAUAACUAAAGAGUUCCUGUGCAUUGUAUGUUUUGGACAACUCAAAGUAUUGUACUUACAUUGAUUCUAAAGCUUCCUUUCUUGGGAUUACACUUGUUUAAAUGUAUUUUAAAAUAUUCUAUGAGCUUCAUCUAGAUCUUAAGAGCUAGACUUCUUUGAAUUAGUCUUCCUCCAUCUAGUUGGAAUGUCAUAAGAACCUUACAAUGCACUCAAUAGUACAUGAAUUAUCUAUGAAAAUAUUUGAAUAAAUAUACAACAAUCAAAAAAUAUACUACAAUCAGUGGGUCUUCUCAAAACUCAAGGAAGUUAAUCAGCUUUUAAUUAUAUAGACAAAAGCAUUUGAAAAGUAUAAUAGUAUCUUUGUUUAGGCAUUGGAAAAGAACUACUGGAGCUGGGUUUAGUGUUUAGAACAAAAACCAUCAUAAUGAAGUCUAUAGACUUAAGUCCAAUUUCCUUUCUUAAUAAGACUAGCUUGAUAUAGCCCUAUUUUUCUUCAGAAACUAUAAACUAGAGUAACUUCUUUUUGAAAGCCAAAACAUUAUACUUCGUACCUUAUUAAAAGUGGCUAAGGUGCCUGUAAUCCUAGCUACGAAGGAGACUAAGAUUAGAGGAUUGCAGUUUCACGCCAACUGGGCUGAAAAGUCAGACAUUCAUAUCCCUAAUUAAUCAUCACAAAAGCCAGAAGUGGAGCCUUUGCUCAAGUAGUAAGGCACUAGCCUUGAACACAAAAGCUCAGGAACAAGGCUUAGGCCCGGUCCAGAGCUGGCCAAACAAAAGUGGUUAAACAAUACUUAAAUUUUUUCCAUCAUGUCUUUUUAAGACAUAAAUCUCUUUUAGUAUAAAAGAUUAUUAAAUAUAAGAACUAUAUUCUGUGGCUAGGGAUUUAGUUCAUUGGCAGGAAGUUGUUGCUUCAGUCUGUAGUCACACCAAAUGAUAGAACAGAGAAUAGGCAAAAAGCCAGCUCACUUACUGUUUAGAUUAUAUGUAAAUAUCCUCAAUAUUUCUUCUCCACAGAACAUACUACCACCGCUUUUUGUUCAAUUUUUUUUGACAAAUAAAUGCCUUGUUUAAUAUUUCAUUUUUGUACUAUCUAGGUUAUGUGUUAGAAUUUUUUUCCCCUAUAUAGUUAGUAACUGUCUUAUUUGUGAAGAUGCUGUUGAUACUAAGGAAUAAAGUUUAUUAUAUGCAGUGAAUUUAGCUCGUUCCUUAGAGAACACCUGUAGACAUCUUGCUCUGUGUGGAUUUGCCAUCUUAGUUUCUUUUUUGCUAAGUUUAAUAGCAAAGUGUAGAUACUCGGAGAAACAAUGUAAGAAUUAUUGUUAAAGAUUGAAAGGCUUAAGCCAAGUGUGGUUCACAUCUAUAACUCCAGUAUAGGCAGUAGGAUAAUCAGUUUCAAGUCAGGCCCAGCUCCAUAGCAAGACCUUGCCUCAAGAAAAAAAUGAAGUGUUUAAUUCAAGUAAUUCCUACUACUCCAAUAGAGGAAAUUUUAUACAAAUUAAAUGAAGCUAUAAUGUGUCCAGCAUUGCCAAGCUGAAAUCUGGUUGACUUUAAUCAAGCUCUUAAGGUCUGGUACUUAAAUGAUACUAUUGAUUUGUAUGUGUUCUCUUAUUCGCAAUAUAUAAAUACUGAGCCAGUCA